ACCUCCGCAAAACCCCUAUCCAGUGCUUCUCAAUUCUCCCUCCAAUUCCUUCAUUUCUUCUGCUUCUUCAUUCAUGGCCACUAUCAAAAUCAGGCCAUCGCAAUUCCUAUCCUCCUCCAAACUCCGAUUAUUCCCAAACCCUAACCCUAGCUUCAAGAGCAUCUGCACUCUCACUAUCCCUCCUCUGAAGGGUAGGGGUCCAAGUAAAGCUAGGGCUAGGGUUGACGCUCUGGAGCUGAAAGAGAACUGGCUGGAUUCUCUCUCCUGCCCAUUUCCAUCACCAGGAUCGGACUCAUCUGGGAUUAAGGACAAACAUGAGGGUAGUGGUGGGAAAUGGGUUGUUGGGAUUGACCCAGAUGUCUCUGGGGCUCUAGCUCUUCUCAAAGAUGACGACGAUGAUGAUGCUCAGGUGUUUGAUAGCCCCCAUUUGCAGGUAUUGGUUGGAAACAAGGUUCGGAAACGCUUAGAUGUAAGAUCUAUUGUCCAAUUGCUCCGCAGUUUUGGUGCACCACUUGGAACAAAAGCAUUCAUUGAGCAGUCAACCCCUUAUCCUCAAGACGGAAAACAGGGUUGGUGGAGUGGAGGAUUUACUUAUGGAUUGUGGAUAGGAAUUCUAGUUUCGUCUGGAUUUUCUGUUGUUCCGGUAUCAUCUCGUCUUUGGAAGGAUCAGUUUCAACUAUCUCGGAGUUCCUCGAGUAAGGAUGAUAGCAGGAAAGCUGCUUCAGAUUUAUUUCCAUCUUUGAGUUCUUCAUUAAAGAGAAAGAAGGAUCAUGGAAGAGCUGAAGCCCUUCUUAUUGCUGCCUAUGGAAAGGGUCUUAGAAUACAAGCUGAAGCAAUGGGUACAUCUAAUGAGGCCUCAACACCGACAUUAUCAUUGGAAAAUUGCUCCAUAGAAGAACAACAAACUGUAUGAGAAUGCAAGUUUACUACACAACCAGGAUACUAACUUUAAGAAUGAGAAAAGAAGAUAAGACAUGCUUGACUUUUAGUCGCUUUGAACCACUAGCAUAAUUUUAUGUUAUAUUAACCCUUCUAUCGUUUAAUUUAUAUAUUUGAAGAUUAUAUAUGUAAAUACAUUAUAUAUCGCUUGGGUCGUACAUGCUUCGACAUUAAUAGGUUUCUGCUCCCAUUUAUU